UUCUGUUCCCCCUCCUCCCUGAUAUAGGGUCCGCUCUCCUUUGCUCGGCGGUAGUUUUUCUUUUCUUUUUUUUUCUUCGAACAUCACAGUCUGCUCAGAUGUCACCGAACCUGCACUGAGGUGGCUGUCGUUAGCACAGAUGCCUUUGCGACUAUUUGCCCUUCUAAUCUUGGUUUGUAACUGUUUUAUGGUGAGUUCGCCAACAAGAAAACCCAGAGCUCUCUCGAAAGACAACCCAUCGUUGCCCGUCUGUAGGAACUGUCUGGAGUGCUCCAGAGAGAAUGGCUGCCUGCGCUGCCCGGAGAAGCUCUUCCUGUUCCUGCAGCGGCGGGGCAUGAGCCACCACGGCUCCUGUGUGCACGCCUGCCCGCCCGGACACUUUGGCCUGCGCGGCAAGGACAUGAACCACUGCAUGAAGUGCAAAGCGCCAGAGUGUGAGCAGUGCUUCAGCAAGGACUUUUGCACCAAGUGCAAAGGCGGAUUUCAGCUGUUCAAAGGCAGGUGCUUCAGCAGCUGUCCCGAAGGCACCUUCCCGUACCUCACAGACUGCAUUGAGGGCUGCCUCUUCAGCCCCCUCAGCUACUGGGGCGAGUGGAGUCCCUGCCAGCACGCCGGGCUGAGCUGCGGCGUGCGAUGGGGCCACCAGACGCGGAGCCGGCUGCUGACCCAGACGGUGCCCGAGGAGCUGGCCGCGCUCUGCCCCACCACCAGGGAGCGCCGACGCUGCCGCAUGAAGAGGCGCUGUCCCAAAGAGCGGCGAAAGGGCAGCAGAAGGGUUGCAGUGAGGAAGGCACAGAGACACCCGAAGCAUCAUCCCAAAAACACCACGGCAACAGAAGCACCUUCUGAACCAGUGUCACCGCCUCCACACAGACAAGUCUAAGGCCGGCUGCACAUUGGCUCUGACAGCACUGCGGCGCACUUUGCUUCAGACAUAAUUUGGACCCCCAAACCAAAUUUCACAUGAACAUAGCAUUGAUAGUCAAUGGGCGGCGCCGACCAAAAUAGAACUUGUCUCUAAUUGCUAUCCGACAUCGGCGAAUGUCCACGGACAUCGGUGCCAGUGUGCGUGGUUCUAUUGAAAACAAUGAAAUCGAACUUUUACCCAGCGGUGCUCAGCACUUUGUCGGAGCCGGUGUGCGGAAGCCCUAACAUGCCCUCUACACCCCAAUACCCCCAACUGCAACAUGUUAUCACGGCUGGAAUGGCCAUCUGGCAUAGCGGGCAUUUCCCGGUGGGCACCGCACCC